AUGUUACCUCCAAUUGUGCAAGCACCAAAAUUGGAGCUAAAAGCUUUAUCGGAUCACCUAAAAUACUUGUAUUUAGGUGAUGGUGAAACAUUGCAUGUCCUCAUCUCAAAAGGACUAACAAUGAAUCCAGGAAGAAAGGAUUGGACCCUUCAUUUAGAUGACGCUCUUUGGGCUUACCGCACGGCUUGGAAAACUCCUAUAGGAAUGUCCUCUUAUCAGUUAGUUUUUGGUAAAGCAUGUCACUUACUAGUAGAAAUUGAGCAUAAAGCCUAUUGGGCAGUUCGACGGUGCAAUAUGGACAUAGAUAAAGCUGGGAUGUCAAGGCUACUGCAAUUGCAAGAAUUGGAGGAGUUGCAAUUGGAUGCUUAUGAGAAUUCGAGAAUUUACAAAGAAAAGUCCAAGUUAUUCCAUGAUAACAUACUUAUUAGGAAACAAUUUGAGAUUGGUCAAAAAGUAUUGUUAUAUAAUUCUCGAUUGAAGCUUAUGCUUGGUAAGUUUCGUUCUCGAUGGAUCGGUCCAUUUGUUGUUACUAAUGUGUUUUCCUAUGAUGCAGUGGAAAUUAAAAGCUUGGAUUCAGAUAAAAUUUUUAAAGUGAAUGGUCAUAGAUUGAAGAUCUUCCACGAUGGUGAAAUUGCUUCAUGUCUCAUUAGUCUUCCUUUGGAUCACCCUACUUAUUUUAAUGACUAA